GUCAGUGAAGUCAAUGAAUCAAUGAAAAUCUGUGGUGUGUUGUGUUGUGAAUUUUAGCGUGGUGGUUUAAAAACGAAAAACGUGUAGCUAAAGUGUGUAGCUCUCAGUAAACCUAACAUUUAUCAAUUUUUCAAAUUUUCAAAGCAAGAUGAUCAUCCCUGUGAGAUGUUUUACCUGCGGGAAGGUGAUCGGGAACAAAUGGGAGACAUACUUAGGGUUAUUACAAGCUGAAUAUACGGAAGGUGACGCCUUGGAUGCACUGGGUCUGAAAAGGUACUGCUGCCGAAGAAUGCUGUUGGGACAUGUGGACCUCAUUGAGAAACUACUCAACUACGCACCUUUGGAAAAGUAAUUAUAGUUCUUAAAGUAAUA